GACCACUUUGUCCAUGCGCAGGGCAGAGAACCCAUGGGCACCAAGAGCAACGUGACUGAGUUCGUGUUGUUCGGCCUUUUCCAGAGCAGGGAGAUGCAGCAUGUGUGUUUUGUAGUCUUCUCUCUCAUCCAUGUGCUCACUGUCCUGGGGAACCUUCUGGUCAUCAUCACCAUCAAUGCCAGCAAGACUCUGAAGGCCCCCAUGUACUUCUUCCUCAGCCACUUGUCUUUUGCCGACAUGUGCUAUCCAUCCGCUACCACCCCCAAGAUGAUCGCGGACACUUUCGUGGAGCGCAAGACCAUCUCCUUCAAUGGCUGCAUGAGCCAACUUUUCUCUGCACACUUCUUUGGUGGCACUGAGAUCUUCCUCCUCACAGCCAUGGCCUAUGACCGCUACGUGGCCAUCUGCAGGCCCCUGCACUACACAACCAUCAUGGAUCGGUGGAAGUGUGGCCUGCUGGCGGGGGCCUCGUGGGUGGCUGGCUUUCUGCAUUCCAUCCUGCAGACCCUUCUCACAGUCCAGCUGCCCUUUUGUGGACCUAAUGAGAUUGACAACUUCUUCUGUGAUGUCCACCCCCUCCUGAAGCUGGCCUGUGCAGACACCUAUGUGGUGGGGCUCAUUGUGGUGGCCAACAGUGGCAUGAUUUCUUUAGUGUCCUUCAUCGUCCUUAUCAUCUCCUAUGUGGUCAUCUUAUUGAACCUGAGAAGCCGUUCCUCAGAGAGCCGUCACAAGGCUCUGUCCACAUGUGGCUCACAUAUCAUCACCGUCCUUCUGGUCCUUGUGCCCCCCAUGUUCAUGUACAUCCGUCCGUCCACCACCCUGGCCGCUGACAAGCUGGUCAUCCUCUUUAACAUUGUCAUGCCGCCUUUGCUGAACCCUCUGAUCUACACGCUGAGGAACAAUGAGGUGAAAAACGCCAUGAGGAAACUGUUCAGGGUCAAGGGGAGCUUGGGGGAGAAGUGACACCCCAAGAACCCUCUUGAGCCUGGCACUCGGGAGAUAUCCCAUCUUGUAGCAUCCAACACAGGCUUUGCCUCUCUAGUCUGAUGAUUGUAAUGACAACGGCCCUCCUGGCUCUUUUUGUAGUAAUAGUCCACCUGUUCCUGCAAUCCUUCAGUCAGUAAAUAUUUAUUGAGCAUCUGCAAGGAGUGAGGCACUGGUCAUAAUCUCUGCCCCCAAGAGGGUCACAGUCCAGGUGGCUCUUAGGGUGACAUUUAAAAGCUCAUUCAGGAAGCAUGUGAGAGCCUAUGGAUGAGGGGCCUUCUUCGAUGUUCAGGUUCCCAUUUAUACAGUGGGUAACAGCACCAGGUAAUUCCUUUACCUAGUGGUUAACAGUGCUUGAUGAAAUUCAUUUUCUUCUCUGUGAUGACCUUCAAGGCGCUUUAUUCCCAUUCUUUCAUUGCAUGCUCUCAGGAGGCAAAUGAAUAAAUAAAUGUAGCAAGAGGACAGGAUUUACCACAGUCACAUGGAAAGUCCUGAGUAAGGUGGAACUAAGACCCUGAGUCUGCUUUCACAGCUCUUACCACCUGGGACUCCUUGAAAAAGACUGCGUGUAUGGAUACCAAACAGGAUGGACCAGUUUUGAAGACCAAGGGAUGAUGGCAGUCUGGGAUGAUGGGGAGCAGAGCAGGGGAGAACAUGUUGUUGGCACUUCCCCCAGUAGUGCCCAGUCCUCCGACCAGCAGAACAGGGGCUCUUGUCUGCAUGAAUCUUCUUUGCUUUUCUCUCUCUGCUCUGGAGAGAGCCAAUUUGUGCAGGAUGGAAUUAGAUGUCCUGCUUAAUUAACCACCAUGGGUCAUUUAAUUCAGUUGGGUCUCAAUUUCCACACUUACAAAUGGAGACGGUAAUAGUACCAGUUUCAGAAGUUUGCAGGAGGAUCAUCUAUAGGACUUAGUAAAUUCCUAUAUCAAAGAAAAGUUGUUCAAAGGUGGCUGCUACCUCUGUUUCUUUGAAACAUCUUCUAUGCCUUUCUCUUUUCUUAUCCCUACUUUGCCCCUGUCCUUUCCUCUUAAAGCCCUUGUAGCUACCAGAUUGAUUAUUCAUUCAUCAAAUAUUUAUUAAUCACUUAGCCUGUGGUAAGUCUGUUCUUCCUCUCUCCCUCCCUCUUCCUUUCUUCCUCCCUCCUUCUUCCUUCCUUCCUUUCUCUCUCUCUCUUUCUUUUCCUUCAUCUAGUUUUGUGUUUAUUCAGUGCAGUCAAGCACCCAGCCCUUUCUCAGAGAGGUGGUUGAGCUGGGGGACAAAACACAUCAAGGUUGCUGAGGUGUCUGUGGAUGGGGAGAAACUGGGGUGAGGUAAAGACGUACUUGGGACAUUGACCCCAAUCUCAGUGCUUAGCCCUGAACCCUCACUCCCUACAGGUUCUAGGUGG